AUGUCUACUACUUCAAAUGCGAUACCCACGCUCAUCAGCCAGGAGACGACGACGAUAACGUUUUGCACAUUCGGAACUGCAGCGGCCGUAGCAGUGACGAGGACCACCACUGAAACCUCCACUGACUGGAGUGGAAACGAUGGUCCCAAGCUAGGCUAUUCUCCCAAUGUUCUAGUCAGCCAAGUUGAGGCUUUUGUGGACAAUUGUACACGUUAUUUAGAUUGUGAGAUGACCGUUUACCCGAACCCAGACAUCUCUGGGAAUGGGGUGCUCACGGCCUUUGUGGUGUCCGCCUAUUUAGUUUUUGCUCUCAUUGUAUGGGCUUACUGGUUUGGAGCCUUGCCGAAGGGUCUGGCUCGUAAUAUUGACCGAAGGCUCUUUUUCGCUCGCCCAGAACAGUCGGAAGAUAGAUGGAGGAAAAUGUUCGUGGAGCUAGUACUGAUGCUCAGCGAUCAACAGCUUCUGACCGGUCUCACCAUCCUCAUAGCCGGUUAUACUCAAGCAUUGGGGGCCAAUCUUAGCGCCUAUCACUGGAACGCCGUUGUAUAUCUGGCGUGGCUCAGCUCAACAGUCCAUCUCAUGUCAUUAUCAGUACUUCGAGAUAGACUACGGGCCAGCAGGGCACUACGAUCUAUUCGAGUAUCCGCCAUAAUCUUGAUUCUAGGACUCCUUCUCGUGGCCCUGGUUCCGACCGUCUCAUCGAAAUGGCCCGGAAAUUUGCGCCAUGAGUUUUUUGACUGGCGAUCAAUGCAACCAGGUCUACCUGUUCGUUGUUUUUGGGAUACGCGAACUUAUGGCUCAAAGAAACACCGUGAUUCCUGGAUUUCGUAUGUCUCCUUGAUCGGCGCCUUCGCCUGGAAACUGUGUCAAUUUUUCGACAGUAGUCGGGAUUGGGUACGAUUUUGGGGAAGAUCCCAAUUGGAGUACUUUCUCGAGAUGGCCGCGAAGCGCACACUACAGAAACCGCCAGGCUGGCGUAAACGAGCCUUGUAUAAGGCGAUUAUCAGUAUCUAUAUCGUUUCAGUUGCUUGGCUGGAGCUUUUGGAAUCUUUCAUGCUCACUUUGUUCCUACUCGCAUUUACUUUGGCAUGGGGUACCUUCCAGCUUUUCUCUAGUAAGAGUCAAGUUGGGAAGGAAAUACGGUCAGCUGAGCGAGAAAUGGGCUUUGGUCAACUGCUCCCCGUUCUUCUACUUUCUCAACCUGUUUUCGUGGCUCUCCAGUUGUACUUAGGUAAGCUAUCAAAGAACAAAGAGUACCCCAAAUCCCUCCAUCCUCAGCGAUAG